AUGAAUGAGAUAGGUACAUUAUUAAAGGGAAAGAACUACGUGUGGCUUGAUCCCUCAAUAAGGUUAGAAGGGCAAUUUGGUCAAUUGUUUCCGACAACCGCCAGGUGUCAGACAUGCACAGGGUUCGACUCGGAUUCCAAAGUGGAAUUUGGGUUGGGUCUUGUCAUUGCUGGAUCUAUGGUUAACGAAUUCAUGCAAGUGCAAACUGAGUCUGUGAUGAAUAUGAAUGAUACUACUGUUGAGGUUGGGGCGGCAGAGGCAAGAUGGUCUACCCCUCCCCGUGCAUAUUGUAAAGUAAAUGUUGAUGCUUCUUGGGAGAGAGGUUCGAAACUGGCAACAUCAGCUAUUGAGGCGGAGGCUCACGUAGCUUUGAGUGGAGUACAUUUAGCUGCUCAAAUGGGGAUAUCACAUGUGGUUUUUGAAUCUGACUCAAAGGAGUUGGUCCAAUCUGCCAAAGGCCAUAUUCAAAGGAGUAGAUGGACUAUCUUCCCCAUUCUAACGGCAAUUCGAAGAGCUUGCAGUGGUUUCAGUUCGUACUCUUGGAACUGGGUGCACCGUGGUGCAAACAAAGCAGCAGAUGCUGCAGCUUCUAGAGCUAAAAGCAGGAUGUGUGAUGAGGUUUGGGAAUCUAGCCUCCCAUCCUCUUUGGUCUUUGUGUUGCAAGCUGAUGGGCUCCUAUAUCCCACUACGAUGUGA